CCCCUCCCCACUAGUAUGUAGGAUUUGAACUUUGCUCUGCUCGGUUGCUCUGCAGGGUCGUAUGAUUGAAGUCAAGUUUGUAACACUUAUGCUUCAGGACAUGCUGGAUAUGAUCAUGGGAAGCACGUUGGCCAAGUGUGCAGCCACUGACCUGGGCAUUCAGUGGGUCGGAUGGGCACUAGCGUCUGCGCUCAAAACGGAAAAGUUUUACGAUUUGGCAGGAUCUGGUACCUUUAUAUUGCUGGCUCAUCUGAGUCGUGUUUGGGGCGGAACUGGACACCUUAGACAGAAUGUACAAACUGGACUUGUCACUGCCUGGGGACUGAGACUCGGGACAUUUCUCUUUCUUAGAAUCCUGAAGGAUGGGCAAGACCGGAGGUUUAACAAUGUCAGAGACAGCCCGGGGACAUUCUUUGUCUACUGGACCAUGCAAGCUUUGUGGGUAUUUGUUACCCUCUUGCCCACCCUAAUUCUAAACAGUGAGAGAAGAGAUGAGCCCUUAGGCCCACGUGACUAUAUCGGGUGGGGAAUAUGGGGGCUUGGCUUUGCUACACAGGCCAUCGCAGACCAGCAGAAGUGGAACUUUAAGAGUGAUCCAGAUAACACUGGCAAAUUUAUUCGCCAUGGACUGUGGGCAUACAGCAGACAUCCAAACUACCUGGGGGAGAUCCUACAGUGGUCAGGACUGUUCCUAUCGGCUUCCUCCGUCCUGCGUGGGCCUCAAUACCUCAGUGCGAUCUCUCCCCUUUUUGUUUGGUUCCUACUUAGGCAUGUUAGUGGGAUCCCCAUUCUAGAGAAACAAGCUAUGAGAAAGUGGGGAUCGGACCCUGCUUUCCAUGAUUACAUCCAAAACACUCCACUCCUUUGGCCCUUUCCCAAAUUUAAAGGUGAAUAAAGCACUAUACAGCUCA